AUGUUUGAUCCACUUCAGUCAUCCACCUACAAGAACCAGAAAUGCUCCAGCAACCAACUUUGCUGGUUCAGAUAUUCCUAUGGAGACAAAUCCACCGUAGAAGGGAUUCUAGCCUCCGAGAUGCUCUUGUUUGAUGAUGGUGCCGGCAAUGUCAAGCUUCCAGGAAUUGUCUUUGGUUGCAUUCAUAGUGAAGGCAAUCCUAAUCCUGCCUUGCUUAAAGUUCCUGGCCUUGUUGGCCUCGGCGGUGGUCCUCUCUCGCUUGUUAAUCAGAUUGGCUCUUUUAUUGAUAAGAAAUUUGCUUAUUGUCUUCCUCCCUAUAGCAAUGAAAACAAUUCCCUGGGACAGCUCAAAUUCGGUGAGGAUGCAGAGUUUUCAGGCAAGGAAGAAGUUCAAGAAACUCCGAUGGCACCAGGUGGUUCUCAGGGCAUGUAUUAUGUUCUCAACCUAACUGACAUAAGCGUCAGGGACAGCAGACUCAACAUACAAUUUGGUGGUUCAAAGUUGACUGCAUUGUUGGGAGAUGCCAGAUCGAUCAUCAUAGACUCGGGCACCACACUCACUUUUCUUACUAAAGAUGUGUAUGGUCAAGUAGCAAAUGCGGUGGCUAAUGUCAUAAACCAUGAACACUUCUAUCCUCCUGAGAAAGAUUUACUUUGUUACCAUGUACAAAAUAAUGACUGGAAGCUGCCACCUUCAAACAUCUUUGUAAUGUUUAGAAGUGGAAUCGCGUGCUUAGCCAUUGAAGGCAGAGAUGCCCAUGUUCGGGAAUGCUGCACAGCAGAACAUGCAUGUCAACUUCGGAUGCUGCUUAAUUGUGUUUUAUAUCAAUGGGAAGUCUGA